GGGUAUAAAAGGAAUUACUGAAUAUGAGUGAUGACAAACCUUUCUUAUGUACUGCUCCUGGGUGUGGUCAGGUAUGUUUUUAAAGUCCAUUUGGUUUGUCUUUGUUAGUUAUAUAUGAAAAGUGUUAUAUCUGUAAAUGUAUAUAUUGUUUCAUCAUUCCAUAGCGAUUUACAAAUGAAGACCACUUGGCUGUCCACAAACACAAACAUGAGAUGACACUCAAGUUUGGUCCAGCAAGGGACAACAGUGUCAUCGUUGCUGGUAAGCACUACAAGAGACAACAAAUAAAUUAUAGUAUUAAUUCAAGUGGUAUGAGAGAGAGAGACCCUAUCUUAUGUUGCAGACCAAACACCAACACCUACACGCUUUCUGAAGAACUGUGAGGAAGUGGGACUCUUCAAUGAGCUUACCAGUCCAUUUGAGCAUGACUUCAAAAAAGCUGCUGAGGAUGACCUCAAAAAGGUGACUAAUUACUAUUCAGUGGUGCUAUCAAAGCUAAGGCUCACUUGGUAGUACAGGUUGCUCCAGAUUUGAUCUUAUCUGAUCUGUUAAUAUUUGUUUCUGACAUGCAGAUGCCCUUGGAUCUGUCGCCUCUUGCCACACCAAUGAUCAUACGAAACAAAAUUGAGGACCACUCAACUGCGGAGGCACAUCAGGGCAGCACUCUGCCCCAUCCGGAAUCUACAACGAGUGACGACAAGGUAAAGAAUUUGGUCUACUUCAUACAUUGAUAUCCUGCUGGAUCAGUUGAUAUGAAGUCUUCAAUAUUAGUUGCUUGUGACACAGGCAUCAGUUGUCUGUAGGGCAAUUCUAGAUCUUUACUUUUGGACAUUAACAAGCAACUAUUGUCUCACCGCUUGAACAGCCAGGGUUAUAUUCAACCCAAACAGUUUCAUUCAUUGUUGAAUGGUGUUCAUUGAAGGUUGGACAAUACUCUGAUUGCUGAAAAAGCAAUUGUAUUUGCUACCAUAUAGACUAACUUUACAGACGUGCUGUCAUAAUUGUGGUCAUACAAUAUCCAUGAACUCCAAUGGAUGGCUUAUCAGAGAUGUUGCUCAACAACAUUGCAAUAAGCUCAGAGUGAAUUACCCUCAAAUGACCACCCAAUGUAACAGAGUUAAACUACAGUUUUGAAUAUUUUGGCAUCUCAGGAUAAGGUUUACCCUCCUCUUAUGCUCAUUUGCAGCAUCUUUGAAUAUUUUCUUCAGACUAGCGUCUCUUACUCCCGAGGGAUCCCGAGUGGCGCAGUCGUCUAAGGCACUGCAUCUCAGAGCUUGAGGCGUCACUACAGACCCCCUGGUUCGAUUCCAGGCUGUACGGCGCACAAUUGGCCCAGCGUCGUCCGGGUUUGGCCGGUGUAGGCCGUCAUUGUAAAUAAGAAUUUGUUCUUAACUGACUUGCCUAGUUAAAUAAAGAAAAAAUAAAAAAACAAAAUUACUGGGAUCACUGAAACUGGUUUCCUUCCACGGUGCCUUGGUUGAUGGUUUCACUGCUUCCCAAAAAUAUGACACAGUAGUACCAGAACAGCACAACAUUAUUUGGAUAAAUAAAUCCCUUUAUAUUUUGUACAUCAGAUCCUUGUCUAUUAGCAGUUAGUAAUCAAUCUAUAUUUUAUUCUGUACUAUAAGAAUGACAUAAAACUAGGGCAUUCUUUCUUAGUUGAAAUCUAGAGAAUGGUUGUCAUUGAACGUUUUAAUGCAGCUAAGGUCUCGUAUGGUGUUUUCAGGAGGUAUCUUUGCAGCCGACCUCAAUGCCAACCUCUACUAUAGUCCAUCCUGCAUCCCUCCAAGUCCCCAAUGUACUCCUAGCAACCUCAGACGCUAGUGUUGUUAUACAGCAAGCUCUCCCAUCGCCAACAUCUAGCUCUGUAAUUACCCAAGUCCCAUCCUCUAAUAGGCCAAUAGUGUAAGUAACAAAAAAAUGUUAAUUAUUUGAUAUUUUUUGUAGAACUUCUUUGUGUGUUUUUGCUUAAUUUAUUUUUUGUAAUUAGGUUUUGUGUCUUUAUGGUUUUGCAUUUUGUGGUAAGAUGGUUCAUUGAAAAGUAUGCUCUUUGGUUUGUUGUCAGUGACCAAUACUGGUACCAUAUUGUAUGAGUACAGAUCCAUAACGUUAUGCUGUCCAUGUUACGUUACCUUAUGUUCCUUUGAGUGUCUGUUUUGUGUUUCUUUGUUGUAGUGUGAAGUGUAUGAUAACAUUCUUAAAUGAGAAAUAAUUGACUACGUAACAUGACUAGAUAUUAUAUUGCUGGUUGUUGUGUAACCCAUAGUGUCCCUUCUCUCCCCUCCAGUCCAGUCUCUGGCACUUUUCCUGUACUCUUUCAGCUGCCUAAUGGACAAACCAUGCCCGUCGCAAUCCCAGCAACCAUCGCAUCCAGUGUACAUAUUCCAACCGCAAUUCCUGUAAGUAUCGCAUGUCAUGCUCGUUGCUUUAUGGAGUUCCAAUGUGUAUUUUAAAUGUAUGGAUUUCCAAUGUGCUGCACACUCGCUCAGAACCAUUUAAACUAGGCCUAAAUCCACAUUCCAGUGAUUAGUUAAUGCCAUGUAUCAGCAUUCCGCCCCUAGAACAGGCUCACUAUUUACUGAUUUGGCACUAGUGUCUUUGGCAUGCGUUGGACAGGCAGGGGACGAUGGGUGAACUAAUGGGCCUUAGAAGAGAGCAGCUGUAUGUCACCUUGGCAAAGACAGUGAGUAGGCCAAACGGUUGUAUGUUCCAGUCCAGGGUGCCUCAUUGCCAUUUGUCCUUGUACAAUUUGAAUCACCACACUUGACUUCUGGCAGACUGGAUGUGUUGCAAUCAAUUAAUAUGCCACCCUGGAUAUUAUGCUUCAGUGUCCGUUAAGGACAUUAGCUAAUCUAGCCAUAUCGUAGGCCCUAUAGAAAUCUCCCUGUCCCUAGUUCCCCCAGAGUGACGUGUGGCUGGUGACGAUAGACCGACAGGGUCCCUGUCUUGUUCUCUCUGGCCCUGAUUGUCUGUGUGGAACACUGAGCAGCAGAUGAUUAUCUCCUGAUGGCGACGCAGCGGGGAAAAUACCUCCAUUCUCCCAGUCUGUGGGGAGCCACUGACGAAGAAAGGAAGGAAGAAAGGAAGAGAUCCCACUGCUAGGUCUCCUCUCCCCUCCUCCCUUCAUCCACUUUCCUCUCCUCCUCUCUCUUUUUCCAUCCAUCUCAUUGUCAGGUGAUGGUAGAGGAGACCCAGCUCUGGCCUUCCAGCUCGUCUCUCUCCAUCCCUCUCCUGUGCUUAGCCCUUCUGUCCAUAUGCUUUCCACACAGGCAGGCAGGAGCUCAUUAGCGUACAUGGUGCAUCUCCAUGUGGCGCUGCCUCCACAAAAUAACAGGCCAUCCAGCCUAAUGAGGCUGAGAUAUGAGGAAAACUCUGAGUGUACGGCGCUGUGUGUGUUCAUUUUGGGAGGGGAGGGGGCUGCCUGCCUCUCACUGGGAGAGACUAAUUCUCCUUGUGCUGGUCUCUGUGUGUGUCUGUGCUGUCAGCUUGUCAGACCCGUCACCGUAGUGCCUAACGUCCCUGGGAUCCCUGGACCCCCCUCGCCUCAAGCCGUCCAAUCAGAAGCUAAGCUGGUAAUGUCUUUGUCUCAUACACAUACCAUCAAGGGUUCUGUGCAUAUGUGCUUGCCUGAAAUUUCCCCGAACUAUGUCAAAUUGAUCCACAAAGUAAUGUUACAUUUGGAUUAUGUACAAUAGUAUUAAAUGUCAAUACUGUAGGUACUAUGUUAGUACUGUAGUUCCUUGCUUUAACCAGAAGAGGGAACUAGAAACAAGUGUUUUACAAUGUUAUUAGCAGUUUUUAUUUUAUAUAAAUUGUCAUUAAAGUUGAAUAUGUGUUACAGAUGCUAGUGAGUAGUGUAUGACCAUGACCAGACUUUUAAAGGGACACUUCGGGAUUUUGGCAAUGAGGCCCUUUAUCUACUUCCCCAGAGUCAGAUGAACUUGUGGAUACCAGCAUGUUAGUAGAUACCCAUAGACUUCCAGUCAAUGCGCUAAUGCUAGUUAGCAUUGGCUCGCAAAACUACCUCUAACUUCCUUCAUACUAGACACAGAGACAUGAAAAUGGUAUCUAGGAGAUCAUCUGACUCUGGGGGGGAAAAAUACCAAAGUAUCCCUUUAAUGCCUCAAACAGGGUGGAUGAGCAGUGUCUCCAGCCUCUGGCCCUUUGUGUUAGUAGUGAUGGUUGAAGGGCAGGGAUAUGGUCCGUUGUUAGGUAGAUCAUUGGCACAGUGAUGAAGCACGUAUCACAGAACCUGUAAGUGUUCACAGCACGCCACUCCUCUGAAAAUUAACAGGUAAAGCUUUAUAAGGAGGAGGGGUGGGUUGAUGGAGUUUAAGCUGGGGUGGGGUGUUUUAUUGGGUUUGAGGGGCGCAGGGAUGACAAAUGCCGAGAUAGCGUUGUGCUCAACACGCCGUCGUCGGGGCCAACCGGAGGGGGGCUUCCGCCGAGAGCCAGCUGGGGGCAUCUUGGCAUGGGCUCAGAGAGGCACAUUAAGUCAGCCUCACCCUGCAUGGAACCUUUUGUUCAGCAGAAUCCUGGCUGACCUGCGCUCCCCCCACCCCCGGUGCCCCCCCCACCACACUCAGCUCAUCAGCAAACACCUAAUGAGCCCACGUCAAGAAAACAGCCCCCCGCCCAGCCAGCCCCCCACCCACCCUGCUCUCCGGGGGCACGGAGACAGCGCUUUACAAGGACUGAUGAUGCUGCAAAGACCACAAUAAUGAUAAUUAACUUGCUGAAUUUAGAAGAUUAUGCUGUUAAUUAGUUGCAAAAUAAAGAUAAGUAAUAUAGCGGCAGAUGGUUGAAUAACACCCAUGAGAUGGAGGGUUAUUACACUGAUGAGGUUUCUGUGGCAGAAAUGAAAUAUGAAUCUGACUGGCUUCUCCCUCCUUCUAUGGGCCAUUCCAGGAGAAUAAUAUCUUGUUUCUGCCAGAAGAGCUUCUGGAAGGGUAUUACACGAUAAACUAAUUUGGUAGAUAGAUUGGUCUGGCAAAAGGUAGUUGUUAGAAUAAUGUGCUCCUCUGUUCUCCCAUGUAAAUGUAUUCCUGCUCACUUUGUUAUGGGUUGAGAUGGCUCAUUCACCUUCAGCUUGUUUACUCACUGUUUGAUGGUGGAGUAUUUGGGCUUUAAAUAACAGUCUGUCACCUUUAUCGAGACGCAGGACGGGUGAAAUGUGUUGCCUAGAUUUUCAUGUGAAACAUCAACAAUUACAAAUAUGGAUUUGGCAUGUGAGUUAAUUUCACAGUAUGUCGUAGUAUAUGUCUGUUAGGAGGAUCGCCUAUAAGAUAUUUGUUUUGUCUGUAGAUGUGUGCGUUCCUGGUGACUUUGUUAGCCAGUUUUAUGGCUUGUCUGACAGAUGCACAGGGACAGAGAAGGGGGUUGGGCGCUGUAGAUGGGGGGGCACUAUGGUGUGUGUUAUAAACACACCCAAGAGGCAGAGCUUCCCCUGACAAGUUGACAUCCCCAGCUCAUCAGGGGAAUAGGAUAUUGGCCGUGACAGCUAUUAGAUUUCCUAUGGAAAGACUUUGUUUUGAUGUCUAAUUUUCUAUCAUACAGAAUAUAGUGUUUUGGUUUCGUCUUUUGCAGCUCCUUGUUGUUUUUAUCUCAUUGGUCUUUUUCAAGACUAUGUUCAUGACUUUCAACUCAAACAGAACAUCCCUACAUUGCAGAGUCGUGUUGUCUCAUGGCUCAUGUGCUCAUGUGUUCUUUUCUUCCCCUAGAAGCGGAAGGCGGUACUAAGCCAGCAGCUCCCUCAGGUAACCAAUGGAGAUGCUGGUGAUGUCCAGAGCAGUGCUGUGACCCACACUGUAGCCCCCGCCCUGGCCCCUCCCCCUGCCCCAUCUCCGUCUCCUGGCCCUCCCCCGGCCCCGCCUGAGGAACCCUGCCCCCAGACCCUCCAGCAGCCUGCCAUCUCCACCACUGAGACGUCUGUGAGUACACUACCACAACUGGCCAUCAGAGGGGGCUAUGCUUAGUUUGGCUAUUCCACAACUACAGUCAUUGAAGUACCUUUGUAAGUGUAUUAUUAUAUUACUUUGAAUUACCCACUCAAUAACUAGUGAUUAUGAUGAACAUUACGUUAGCCAUGAGAUACAUACUGAGUGGCGCAGUGGUCUAAGGCACUGCAUCGCAGUGCUAACUGUGCCACUAGAGAUCCUGGUUCGAAUCCAGGCUCUGUCGCAGCCGGCCGCGACCGGGAGACUCAUGGGCGGCGCACAAUUGGCCCAGCGUCGUCCAGGGUAGGGGAGGGAAUGGCCGGCAGGGAUGUAGCUCAGUUGAUAGAGCAUGGCGUUUGCAAUGCCAGGGUUGUGGGUUCGAUUCCCACGGGGGGCCAGUAUAAAAAAAAAAAAGAUGUAUUCACUAACUGUAAGUCGCUCUGGAUAAGAGCGUCUGCUAAAUGACUAAAAUGUAAAAUGUAAAAUGUACAUGUUAUAGCCUAUGUGUGUGUUAUAGAGCUUGAUAGGUUGGUUCUGAUGAAUUUGUGCUGCGCAUUCUGUUCUCCAUGCCAGGCGUCCAAGGCGCCCCCUGCCCAGCACACCCCGAGCACAGGGGGCCGGCGGCGCAGAGCCACCAGCGAGGACCCGGAUGAGAAGAGGCGAAAGUUCCUGGAACGCAACCGAGCGGCGGCGUCCCGCUGCAGACAGAAGAGGAAGGUCUGGGUGUCUUCACUGGAGAAGAAGGCUGAGGACCUCAACUCUAUGAACGGACAACUACAGGUAUAUACAUACAUAUAUAUAUAUAUAUAUAUAUAUAUAUAUAUAUAUAUAUAUAUAUAUAUAUAUAUAUAUACACACACCUCAGCUCGGUCUACCAUAUAGUAACUGCUUAUUGCAUCAGGUAUGAGGGAUUAUACUGUGUGUGCAUUUUUUCCCCCCUUAUUUGGUGAUGAAGUCAUUAAAGCCUAUUAAGAGGAGUUGCGGUGUGACAGCGGCGGUGUGCGAGCCCCGUUCUCCGAUACAUCCCUGUCAAUAAAGAUGUAUCCUCCAGAUGUCAGCCGCACACAAGCGUGUCCUCGCUUCUGUCUCAGCAGUUUACUGGAUGGCCUCUAAAAUCUCUCAGGGAAAGGUGUCUUUUUGAACCUUCAUUUUGCAGAAAGCAAUUAGGAUCUGACGCUGACAAGUUCUCUACAGUUCAUGUAACUGUUGUCUCUGUUGAUAAGUGUGAUCUGGGGUGCGGCACAUCGGCGUUCCACACAAUUAAAUGAGAUGUGCUGUUUAUUUGCUUGCUGUCUUAUUUGUCCAUGAAGGCAAAGUAAGACAUGAGGGGGAGGGGUUGAGGCGGAGGAGGGGAGAAGAGAACACGGGAAAGGGGGAAAUGAAAUGGAGGUUGGGGGAUUGUGAUUAAUUUCCGUUACAAUAACAGAUUGUCACCACUGAUGGUCAUCGGUGUGCCUGCUAAGGGUUAAAUGAACGCAGGCAGAUGAAGGUGGAGAGACUGAUUGAGGAAGGAUGGGGUUGCAGAGAGCAGCACUGUUAACUAUGAGGAACGGAAUAAGUCACGGCGAAAAUUGAAUGUCACAGAAUGAAAGUGUUCUUUAUAUGAAGGCAUUAAUCAGCGGUGCGGUUUUAGUUAUAACUCCCGUGCUGACACGUUGGCCCAGCUGAUCAGCGGAGUGGGCCCUAAUGAUGCACGAUUACUAUAACAUCAUCCUUAACGGGCUUUUUUAAUGAGGUGUCAGAGCAGGCAGCAACCCACAGGGCUCCCGGCCUCCGAGUCAGGAAGGAAAGGACCAUUUGCUCCCAUUCUAUUAAUUCACAAACUUAGAAACAACUUAAACUUCUUCAGGCCGCCAUGCUUUAUCCUACUGUAUGACAGCAUGAUGUAUAUUGAUUGGAUAAGGAAUGCAGCCAUUUCUGUUUUUCUGGAUUUAACAUCCAAGUUGUAGUAAUACACCUUAUCCGAUCUGGUGUUGUUUAGUUGUUCCACCAAUGCAGUAGUAACAAUAACAAAUGACCUGAUUGUCAUUCAUACCAGGUUAGAUUCCUCCACAUCAUGCGAACAAAGCUAUGUCUUUAUGGUAUUCGGAAUACAGUAGCUAGUUUAAUCAAAGUAGUCGCUAAACACUGCCUGUUGAGGCCACCCAACAUCUAGCAAUACCAUAACAUCUAUUAACUGUAGCCAUGCUAAAAUAUCUCUCUGUGAGCUGCACCUGCACUGGAGGGCUGAUGUUCUAAACUAAAGGGAGUAGAGGAAGAGGUGGAGAGGAUGAGCGUCUUUGCAAAGCAGCAGUGGUAGCUAGGUUGUGUAUCUGUAAUGGGAGAUGGCAGCGUAGUGAGCGUGGUGUGGUAGAGAUGUGUAAAGGCUCUACCAGCUGUUUUAAAUCUGUCUCACAACAGCCCAAACGGAUAGAUUCACAUAAAUUGGCCGCUUUAAGACUAAUCGAUUAAGAGGCCAUAGUCCUUUUUUAAAAGGAGAAUAGAAAGAGUCUAAAUCUGCCAUAGGGUGUUCUCUGGGCCCCCGGCUGCUCUGAUUUCAGUGAAAGUCACCUUCAGCGUAAUGUGGCCUCUCUUUACUGCAUGCAGAAUCCCCAGCUCCCACAGGGCUGUAAUGACACGGGAGUGUAAAUCUCAGCAGAAUCCACAAAGUUGUGCUGACAAUCGGAAGAGCUCACCUCUGACAAAUGUGUUGGUCGGGAGCCAGUAAAGAGCCAUAAUUAUAGCGCAGGAGCAAAAUAAUUGAAAAAGUGCAUCAUACUUUAUUCACCUUGCCAUCCAUUAUCCAGUUAGCUACCUUUCCCUGUGUCUGUUCUUCUUCAUGGGGGGGGGGGGGGAAAUACGAGUAUGUGUGCAGUAAUGUAAUGGUCAUAUGGGCCUCUCAUACAGACAGAAAAAGAGAGAGAAAUGUCUUGUGGUUGUCCCUUUGUCAAAUAAAAUCACAAUGGUUUUGGGUACUGAGAAAAUAGUAGCUAAAGAACCCCCCCACCAGCCUGAAUGUUUUCACUUUUCAGAACUGGGGAAUGUGUGUAUGCUGGCUGUUGUGAUGUAAACAGAUUCAUUCAGCACUUCACAGCCUCCCAUACAGACAGUCAUGGAUGUCUGAUGGUUUGGCAGGUCAUGCUCCUCAUGGAAUGGGGAAGGUGAAGGUUUAGCCUAAAUAUACUAUAUUGCAAUCAGAGAUGCAUACUAUACAGAUGGUUCUCAGACUCAGGUCAGCAGAGUAUACUGUAAAAGUUCACGUGUGGGACGUGUCUGUAUGAAAGUAUGUGGCAGUCAGUCAAGUCUCCAAAGUGGCCAUUUUAUGGAGUGUGUGUUGUCUGUUUCCCUUCUCUCUGGCAGAAUGAAGUCACCCUGCUGAGAAAUGAAGUGGCUCAGCUGAAGCAGCUUCUUCUGGCUCAUAAAGAUUGCCCUGUAACUGCCAUGCAGAAGAAAUCUGCCUAUCACAGUGAGUUAUGUUCCAUUAUCCUCAGCCCCAGGCCGCCCAGCAUAUACGUCCAAAACGAGCCCCGCUAACCGCUCGCCAGAGGGACACGUCUCGCUCAUCGCCUAGCCGAACACCUCCAGAGCUAUGGACACAUUAGGCCAUUCUCUGUUUUAAAAAAACUUCGGAGAAGUUUGUCUAUUCAUAUGCCUUUUUGUCUCAUGCAAGUCGUCUGUUUUGAGCUGUCAUUUCAAGUCGUAUUGUUUUAAAUGUGCUUUACCUGCACCAUUAUGGAAGCCUAAAUGCAGAGUAAAGGCAUCAGUAGUAAAGGCAUCAGUCUUUAGCUUUUUAUUCUUUAAUGAUGCCUUUUCGAAAUAUGCAAAUCUGUGCAUAGUGUCUGCCAUAUGCAGCCUCUUAGUUUCAAUUUGCUGUUGUCAGUAGAACGGGUGUCUGGGAGGCGAUGGUUGACUCACUUUGCCCAGAAGUGCCUGUUCCUCAGGUGCUCGUUGUAAAACUUAAUGGCUGCCAGGUUUCACCAGUCACUGUGUAAGCACUUUUGUAAGAACAGGCUAUACUUUUUAAUUUCCUCCAUUUCAGCCCCCUUUGCCUCUCGAUUUUUGUCAGUUCAGCUUUGUGCUCAUAACUCACCAUCUCUCUUUAGCUGGGCCAAUAUGCAGAACGUGUACGCAGAGCCACGUCUCGGCAGUGCUCAGGAGUCUGCCGCUGACUUGUAUUGACAAUGAUUGCCUCCAAAAUGAGUCCAUUAUAGCUGAGAGCUUGACAAGACUGCGGAGCUUUCUCAAUGAGUGGUGCCGCGGCCACCGAGCGCCACUGUUCCUUCUACAUCCCUAUUGUUAACCAUAGCACUGUCGCUGACACGUCUCAUGCAUAUUAUGGGACUGAUGGCUCCCAGGCUGUAUUGGCCUGUCACAGACGGGGCUCAUUUGGUUGUCUGGAUUGUUUUGACUACCAUUUGCAGAUGAAUUGGGUCAUCUUUCUCACAUAUAUUGUUGCGAAUUCUUCCUAUCUUAGACCUCGGUGAAGGCUGAUCGCUUGCAGCUAGUUGAUAAAGUGGAGAAAUAUAGCCUAGCUUCAUCUAAUUAUCCUAUUACUUUACGGAAGCAUUCUGUUGUUGAAAGGUGAGGUUGAGUUAGAUGAUACCAGACUCUGCUAUACUAUAGCUCGUUAUCAAUCAAACGUUACAAUAGCGUUCGAGUUGGCUGCUGGGGGGGCAAGGAGAGUCCCCAGCACUGCUUAAACCGUUUUCAAUGGAUUGUUAAAUACAUUUGAUAACUAUUUGAUUUUUAAUAUCACCUCUUGAAGAGCAUAGUCAAAACUACACAUUUCCGAUUAUUCCACAUUUUAGCUCUAUCGUCAGAGUUUUACAGCAAUCAGUAAACAUCAACUGAUUUAAGUAUUUUCAUAUUCAGUCCUAGCUAUAAAGCAAACAACGUGUCAUUUAGCUUGCUUCAUUAGAGAUUAAGCUUUUGGAAAGAGCUUGACAUCGUUCUGGUAAAGUUGUCAGUCGGACUACUGUCAUCACCACUAUAGAUGGCAAGCAAAUCAGACAAUAUUUGGAUGUAGCCAUCUAGUUUAUCCCCUGAAAGUUAGCUUGUUAACUAGACAUGUUGAUGUGAAACAGUGCCUUCGGAAAGUAUUCAGACCCCUUGACUUUUUCCACAUUUUGUUAGGUUACAGCCUAAUUCUAAAAUUGAUUAAAUUGUUUUUUCCCCUCAUCAAUCUACACACAAUACCCCAUAAUGACAAAGCAAAAACAGGUUUUUAGAAAUUUUUGCAAAUGUAUUAAAUAUGAAAAACUGAAAUAUCACAUUUACAUAAGAAUUCAGACCAUUUACUCAGUAUUUUGUUGAAGCACCUUUGGCAGCGAUUACAGCCUCAAGACUUCUUGGGUAUGACGUUAUAAGCUUGGCACACCUGUAUUUGGGCAGUUUCUUCCAUUCUUCUCUGCAGAUCCUCUCAAGCUCUGUCAGGUUGUAUGGGGAGCGUUGCUGCACAGCUAUUUUCAGGUCUUUCCAGAGAUGUUCGAUUGGGAUCAAGUCCGCACUCUAGCCGGGCCACUCAAGGACAUUCAGAGACUUGUCCCGAAGCCACUCCUGCGUUGUCUUGGCUGUGUGCUUAGGGUCGUUGUCCUGUUGGAAGGUGAACCCCAGUCUGAGGUCAUGAGCGCUGUGGAGCAGGUUUUCAUCAAGGAUCUCUCUGUACUUUGCUCCGUUCAUCUUUCCCUCGAUCCUGACUAGUGUCCCAGUCCCUGCCUCUGAAAAACAUCCCCCCAUACAUGAUACUGCCACCACCAUGCUUCACCGUAGGGAUGGUGCCAGGUUUCCUCCAGACGUGACGUUUGCCAUUCAGGCCAAAGAGUUCAAUCUUGGUUUCAUCAGCCCAGAUAAUCUUGUUUCUCAUGGUCUGAGAGUCUUUAGGGGCCUUUUGGCAAACUCCAAGUGGGCUGUUUGUGCCUUUUACUGAGGAAUGGCUUCAGUCUGGCCACUCUACCGUAAAGGCCUGAUUGGUGGAGUGCUGCAGAGAUGGAUGUCCUUCUGGAAGGUUCUCCCAUCUCCACAGAGGAACUCUGGAGCUCUGUCAGAGUGACCAUCGGGUUCUUGGUCACCUCCCUGACCAAGGCCCUUCUCCCCCGAUUGCUCAGUUUGGCUGGGCGGCCAGCUCCAGGAAGAGUCUUGGUGGUUCCAAACUUCUUCCAUUUAAGAAUGAUGGAGGCCACUGUGUUCUUGGGGACCUUCAAUGCUGCAGACAUUUUUUGGUACCCUUCUCCAGAUCAGUGCCUCGACACAAUCCUGUCUCGGUGCUCUACGGACAAUUCCUUCGACCUCAUGGCUUGGUUUUUGCUCUGGCAUGUGCUGUCAACUGUGGGACCUUUAUGUAGACGGGUGUGUGCCUUUCCAAUCAAUUUAAUUUACCACAGGUGGACUUGAAUCAAAUUGUAGAAACAUCUCAAGGAUGAUCAAUGGAAACAGGAUGCACCUGACCUCAAUUUCGUGUCUCAUAGCAAAGGGGCUGAAUAAUUAUGUAAAUAAGGUAUUUUUUUAUUGUAUUUUUUAUAAAUUCGCUAAAAUUUCAAAACCGUUUUUGCUUUGUCAUUAUGGGGUAUUGUGUGUAGAUUGCUGAGGAUUCUUUAAAAAAAAAAGCAAUUUUAUAAUAAGGCUGUAACGUAACAAAAUGUGGAAAAAACCAAGGGGUCGGAAUACUUUCCGAAGGCACUGUAUGGUAAUGGCUAGCUAGCCAAUUUGACGUGGUCCAUCAAUCAAUGUAGCCUAUCAUGUCUGUCAGCAGCAAUCGUGAUUAAACACUAUUUAAAAACGUUGAAAAUGGUAUAACUUUAGCUAACUUCACUAGGUAAGCCUACGUUGGUUGAAGAAAAAAGUACAUUAGGUCUACUUUCCACUAUGUUUAGCCAACAGUACAAAGUUUCUACCGGUAGCUGGCAAAGUAAACAUUAGCAGCUAACAGUAACGUUACAUCGGCAAUGCGCCAGUGGUGGAAAAAGUACCCAAUUGUCAUACUUGAGUUAAAGUAAAGAUGCCUUAAUUGAAAAGGACUCAAGUAAAAGUGUGUGAAUGGACCAUUUUCCUGUCCUGCUAAGCAUUCAAAAUGUAACGAGUACUUUUGGGUGUCAGGGAAAAUGUAUGGAGUAAAAAGUACACUAUUUUGUUUAGGAAUGUAGUGAAGUAAAAGUUGUCAAAAAUAUAAAUAGUAAGGUAAAGUACAGAUACCCAAAAAAACUACUUAAGUAAAAAUAGUUUAAAGUACUACUUAAGUACUUUACACCACUGCAAUGCGCCCUUUUGCUGCUUGACAGGCAGACCCCACGAAGGAUGGUGAAAUUAAGCUAAACCACUCAUACUUGUCAGGUAUAGUUCACUUUUACUUUAUAUCACUCAAAUAUCCAAUUAAUGGUGGCCAAUAUUGAGAGAUGUCGUGAGGCUACCCUCACGUAUCUGAAAUUACAUGGUCAAUUGAUGUUUACUGAGCAUGAGCUAAAUGUGCGCAAUUGUUUUGCAUGGAAUAAUCGAAAAUGUGUAGUUCUGACUAUGCUCUUCAAGAGGUGAUGAUAUUACAACCAAAUAGUUAACAUUUAUUUAACAAUCCAUUGAAAACGGCGUAGUUGUCAAUGGUUUUAGCGGAGCUGGGAGUCUCCUUGCCCCCCAGCAGGCAAAUCGAACGCAAUGCACCUUAGUGUGACGUUUUAUUCAUAAAGACCCAUACUGUCAAUACUGUGACAACAUAAGGCAGAUCAUGUAAAGAUUCCAUCAUGGUCUUGCCUCAGCGCAGAGGUCUUUUCAGCCACUCUGUGUUUCCUCCCAGUCCUAGUGGUCCCCCAGGCCCCCAGCAUCCUCCAUCCCUGUCUGAUAACAUGUUUCCUCAUCCAGCCCAGGCCCAGGCACACUGCUACAGCAGGUGGGAGGAUAUUACCCAGCCUGCCCUACAAAAAAGCCAGACCAUGCUUCCUCUUGGCACACUGAGCUGUCCAUCUGCUUAUGGUGAAAACCACAUCAGAAAUGAAGGAAAUAAUAAAUGAAGUAAGGCUGCUUUGGGUAACUAGUAAAGCUGCAUAUGAUAAUAUAUCAGCAGUCCACUCUCGCCUUCCGCUCCUGUGCUUAAUGCCAUUAGGAGUAAUAAUACACACUGGAAUAUGGAACAAAAAGCCUGAUUUACAAGGAGAUCGACCUUAUGCAGGGAGAAAUGGCAGAGCGAUUUACGGUGCUUUGACAUUCACCUGCACUAAAUCACCUGAUCAAAGUCUGGUCAAUACGAACGCAAAGGGAGCCCUACACACACAGGGCCUUUUAAAUGCAAUUUUAUUGCACACUUCUCUUAUUUUGGAAUCUGUAUCUCACAUUCUCAAAUACCAAGCCCAAUCGUUAAUUACCUAGUGCCAUUUCAACUGACUUCAUAUCAUUAGCUAUAUUAAUUAUCAUAGUGGUCCUCAUUCCUUUGAGUCGGAGCAUGAGAGAGGAUCUUUUUCCAUCAGGAUCCAAUUAACUCAAUGCAACUGCCUAACAGCUGGUGGCAUUUCGACUCCAAGUCUUGCAUACUCUCCAGUGUGAGCAUCAUUAAAAUCAGGUGCUGUAAUCAUCUGUCGCUGCAGUAGUUGGCAAGGUAGCAAAAAACAAAUGAGAACGCAGUGAGGAGUGGGAAACACUGCCACAUGCCCCACAAUUUUAAUGUCCCCUUAUGAUGUUGGUUUAAAUUGACAUUGUAACUUUAAUUAAUAGCAGAAAAAAAUGGUAAGUAGUGUUAACAAAAUGUCCUAGGAUAUACAUAUUAGUCCUAAAUAGAUUGGCCAACAGAGGUUACUCCUGAUCCUAUUUUGGAAUAUGAGUAUAGUGCAAUGAAUAUAGGCUAUGCAUUUUGAUGAAGUGAGUCAUCUACUUUAACAAGCACUUCUGUGGCAAUAAUGUACUGUGUAAAACAGGUGAUGAACAAACCGUAAAGCUGAAACAGGCUUUUUUUUUUUUACUCACUGUGUGUGUGUGUUUGAAGCAUCUGAGAAGGAGGACCGCUGUGAGGAGAUGUCAGUCCCAGGCAGCCCCCAGAACGAGGCCAUCCAGCACAGCUCCGUCAGCACCUCCAACGGAGUCAGCUCCUCCUCCAUGACCCCUGCUGCCUCCGCCCCCGCAACAGCAGACCAGAGCACAGAGGAUGGCCAGGCACAGGGGGGCGCUGCCCUGUCCACCAUCCAGACUCAGCCCUCAGGAAGCUGA